CGACGGAUAAGGAAAAUUCGACGGGCUCCGCAGGAUUUGCGAGUGAGGGAGGGAGGAAGAAAGGGGAUUGAUUGAUUGUUGCGCGGGGUGCGUGAAUGGCAGUGCGAAGGUGGUAAACGAAGGAUUUGAGCUAAGUGGUGGGGCUUGUUGCGCGACGACGAGCUGUGGAAGCAUUUUAUUGUUGCGCGAGGAGCAAUGGCGAUGGCAGCGGCAACAGGGAGCGCUGGUGUGACCGGCGCGCUGGCCUCCUCCAGGCAGGGCGCUGCGGUUUCGCGAAUUUCUUCUCACAAAUGCUUCGUCCCUGUCAAUUUCGCCGCCCAGCGCUUCCGAGCGACUGGGAAGGGUAUAGGUAAUUUUGUAAUUAGGCUUGAAUUUGCACUGGGUUUUUUCAUGCCUGGUUUGUUGGAGAGGUGGUUGAAUGGGUGGUAUGGUCAGCUGGGGGUUGGCACCAGAGCUACUAUUGCUGAAGCGGUGAAGUCAGAAGCAUCCGGUGCUGUUUCUGGAUCGCUCAGAGAUCAGGCCGAGGCAUCGUUCUCAUUGUCUAAGGACCCUGGUGGUCCUGAUUUCUUCCUGCUGGACCUCGCAGAGAAACUGGAAAACUCUGUACCUAGUGAGGAACAGGGGGAUUCUCUAGGCGCCCGUGCUUUGGCAGAGCUUAGGUAUAAGUCAGCUGAACAGGCAUUAAACUUGCGAUGGCCCACCAAUAAAGACGAGGCUUACAGGUUCACUGAUGUGAGGUUUUUGAAAAAUCUUGACAUCGCCCCAACACCUGCUCAACCAGCGAGCGUACCGAACUUUGAAUCAGAACUUGGUCUCGGAGAAACGGAGGCCUUCCGUCUCGUGUUUGUUGACGGCGUGAUAUCAGAAUCCUUAUCCAAGGUGGAGGGCUUAUCAGGCGGGGCAUAUGUUGGAAGCGUUUGUAAGAUUACUGCUGACAGUGCAGGAAGCGCCUUGUCACAAGCAUUAGAAUAUCUCGGGAAACCUGCAGCUGGAACCCAAGACGAUCUCUUCACCUUUUUGAAUGGAUUAGGGGUGCAGGAUGCUGGCCUCGUUUUUGCGCCUAAGGGUGUCCAAUUAUCAAAACCAAUUCAUGUUGUAUACUACUCUACAGGAAGGGGAGGGUCCAAGGACGGCGAGGAAGUGACUUCCAUAUCUUUGGCAACUCCUCGUUUGCUAGUUGUGGCAGAGAGUGGUGCUAGAGUGGAGAUUAUUGAGCAAUUUGUUGGAGCACCUGAUCAAGUCUAUUGGACAAACCAAGUUUGUGAAAUAUAUGUUGCAAAUGGAGCAGAAGUUUCUCAUAGUUGCUCUCAGGAGCAAGAGCGAAGCGCUGUACACAUCAAACAGACCCAUGUUUCCCAGGGAGAAAAAAGCACGUACAAAUUGGUAGAGGCCGAAGUUGGCGGGCGUUUGAGUAGGCACAAUCUUCAAGUUAUCCAGUUAGGCUCUGACACACAGACUGAAUUCUCUACUUUCUCAUUAUCGAGUAAGCGGCAGGUGCAAGACCUGCACAGCAGGCUGGUCCUCGAUCAUCCGAGAGGAAUCAGUCGCCAGAUUCAUAAAUGUAUCGUGACUCACAGGUUAGGUCAGGCGGUGUUCGAUGGCAACGUCAAGGUGAACAGGUUUGCACAGCAGACAGAUGCGGGGCAAUUGAGUCGAAGUUUGUUACUAGCACAAGGAGCAACUGUGAAUGUGAAGCCCAACCUACAGAUUAUUGCCGAUGAUGUAAAAUGUACACACGGAGCUGCAAUCUCAGAUUUGGAAGAGGAACAACUGUUUUAUUUUCAGGCACGAGGGAUCGAUCCCCUGACUGCACGAAGUGCUCUAGUUUUCUCAUUUGGGGCAGAGGUACUACAAUCUUUUGGCAAUGACUAUUUAAAGAAGAGACUGGAAAGACUUGUGAAAUCAUCUUUGGCGACUGACGGGGUCGUCAACCCUAAUGUACCUGUAGGACAAUAAGCAGUGGCCAAUUUUGUAGCAUUUUAUUCCUGAACUAGCGUUGUACAACACCCUCAUGGUUUCUUUCGAGCUUUGUAGUAGCACUCUCACUCAUUAUUUCUUUGAAGUUGUAGACUUGGGACAUUGGCGUGUCCUAAGGGGUCAUGGUUAUCACAAGAGUGUAGUCCUUUUAUUUAUCUAUCCGGGAAUUUGAACGUGUACUUGGAAUGGCUCA